AUGGGCGCGCAGAAGAAGAAGGCAAAGUUCGUCGCCAAGGGUUUAUUGCAGCAGAAGAUCAAGCAGCGCAAUGCCAAGAAAAAGUUUCAGUCGAUGAAAAACAAAAAGCGCAAUCGCUUUGAACGCAAUAGCGAUGCACCUAUUAAGAAGAAACCACGCAACGUUACGGAUGAUAGUAGCGGCUCUAAGAAGGACGAGUCAGAUAUGAUGGACGAAAUGGAUAUCGAUGAUUUUCUAAAUGCCGAUUUUUUGGAUUCAGACAAUGAAGAGAUUGACGACGAAGAGGCGCAUGAUGAUGUCAAUUUCGACGAGAAAGCGUCAACUAAGAAUAAGGCUAAGAACACUACGCAGUACAAAGACGACGACAAUGUAGAUGAUGAAAUUAGCAGCGAAGAAGAAGACGAAAGCGCUCUGGAUCCUCGCUACUUGACGACUUCUGCAGAAAAUAGUUAUGACGACGACGAGGACGAAAUUGAAAAGGAAGAAGAGGUAGAGCAGGUGCCUGACGUCGAGCAAGAGCAGAGCACUGGUCGAACAGUUGUGACUAUGGCCAUCCUGCAAAAGGCUGAGAACGAGUGCUUUGAGAACAAGUCGAUUUCAGGCUUACGUCGACUAAUGAAGAUUUUUAGCGAUGCAUGUCGCUCCAGCGAUGCUGCAGACUCAAACAAAGAUGAUGAGAUCACGUUCGACGUGCAAAGUAGUGUCGUGUACAAUCGCUUGAUGGUUAAUGUUUUUCGCAAGACACACGAGACGUUCGCCACUUUAUUAGCGCUUGUCCCUUCAACUGGUGAAGUAGACUCGAAAUCCAAGAUUGAUGACAAGAAGUGGAAGAAAUACUCGUUGGUAAUCCGCCGGUUCUUUAGCUGUACAUGCUAUUUGCUUGAGCAAACCACUGGUCACGAUAUUCAGCUGUUUAUCCUACGUGAACUAGCUCACUAUAUCCCGUUCCUCGUACCAUGUCCGAAGACUUCGCGUCGUUUGUUGAAGGUGCUACUAAAGCUUUGGUCAAAAUCAUUAAACGCUGACGUGUGCAUGCUAACAUUCGUUCGCAUUCGUGACAUGGCUCUCGCCGUGCCAUUUCCAUUCUUGGAACUGUGUCUCAAAGGAAUUUAUGUGACGUACAUGCGCAACACCAAGUUUACAAACGAAGUGACACUUCCUCAUCACAUUCUCAUGGGAAAUUGUGUCGUUGAGCUCUUUGGCUUGGAUCUCAGCAGCUCGUACCAACAUGCCUUCAUUUAUAUUCGCCAACUAGCAAUUGCUGUCCGCAAAACAAUCACAUCUCCAGGUCCUGAUUCCUUCAAAGCUGUUCUUAACUGGCAGUUCUUUAACCAGCUGCGUGUGUGGACUGCCGUAGUGUGUGCAUACCCGGCGGAGAAUCAGCUUCGUGCACUCGUGUACCCAUUGAGUCAACUCCUUCUUGCUGUUGUACGACUAUCGAGCACACUGCGUUUCACCCCGUUGCGUUUUCACUGUAUCAAGCUUUUGCAGCAGCUCGCACUUGCUACGAACUCGUUUAUUCCCACGAGUCCAGCUUUACUUGAAGUAUUGCAACUGGAGCCAUUUCGCUCGUCGUACAAGUCGAGCACUUGGAAAAAGGGUACAAAGGGUACUAGUACUAGUGAAAUAGACCUAGAGCUGAGUGUGAAGCUAUCAAAGACGGCGCUAGACGCCAAACGGGUUCAUGAUCAGAUCAUUGUGCGGCUAUUCGAGUUGCUUCAGCGUGAGUGUGAUGUAUACAAAUUUAAUGUUGCUUUCCCAGAGUUUGCUGUUCCGCUGCAGCUCACGCUGAACAAGUUUCUGCACUCAUGUGCUGUACCUAAAUGGAAGGCACAGGCGUGUGGCCUAAGCGACAAUAUACAGAAACGUAUCGCUUGGAUUCGUUCAAAGCGCAGUGGACUGGAUCUGUGCCCGAAAGACACGGCUCAGCUGGACGAUUUCUUGCGUGGCGAGCGCGAAGCAGCGGUUAAGAAAAUAUUUGAAAACGAUGCUUCUGACUUGCAAAAGAAGCUAGACGCUUCAGUCGAAGCAGCAACAAGCACGUCUGUGAGUGACGAGACAGUGGCCAAGGUGAAAACGAUGUCACUAAAUGAGUUUAAGAAGUCGGUGGCAGCAGUGGAUGCUGCCGACGAAGUAGGUGACUUUCACUUUUCUUCGGACGAGGAAUAG